CUUGAGGGCCUCGCCGGUGUGUCGUGAUCGAAUUCGUCGAUGGACGACGCUUCCGGUGAGCCGCGAAGAUUGCGCAAGCGGCCCUUCGCUUGGGCGAGCGACUCUAGCGGGCACAGUGAGGAGCGAAGCAGCAGCAGCUCUGAACAGGAGCAGGCAGAUGACACAUGUGACAGAUGGGAAGAUCAGCAAACCGUGGAGAUCCACGCCCAGGUCUCUGAAGCGGUGGAGUAUUUCCAGCUGCGGGAACAGUCCAUGAACGCUGACCAUGGUGCGCCCACAAAGAUGGGUGCCGGCCCCCGCGGCGAGCGCGUGGUGGUGAGGCGGCAGGAGCGGUUGCAGGCACUCCGAGGGCGACGGCCCUUGAUGCUGCGCGAGAUUGCGAAGCAGUUGAGGGGUCGCGGCUUUGUGCGCUUGGUGGACUUUUUGGGCCCUUCAGUUGGGUCAAAUCUGCUGGAGGGCUUUGCCCAACUGUCCUGGCAGCCUGGGCGUUUGGGGGAUGCCCAAUCCAGCGAUCAGAGCAGAUCCCUCCGCGGGGACGAGAUCGCCUGGCCCAGCCUCUCUGAAGCUGGACGAUUUGGGGAAGCCUUGCAGCGCUGGAUGCAGGCGCUCGAUGAGUUGGUCGCAGACCUGCGUCUUCAUCUCAACCGCCCAGACGAGCUCUUGCGCGUGGAGCGCCGAGAGCCACCGAUGGCCUCCUGCUAUCCUCAACAUGCACGGUACAUCCGGCACUAUGACAACAACUGUGACGAAGGCUUGGGCGAUUGCAACGGGCGGCGGCUCACAGCUGUGUAUUACCUCAACAAAGGGAUGUCUCACAGUGAUGGCGGGCACCUGCGAAUAUUGGGCCAGCGCGGCAUUUAUGAUCUCCUCCCGGACUUCGAUACUUUGACCCUCUUCUGGGCAGAUCGACGAACGCCGCAUGAAGUGAUGCCCAACUUGAGCGAACGAAAGCGCUUAGCACUCAGUUGCUGGUAUGUUGAUGUGACAGAAGCACCUGAUGCUCCAGCCUUUCCCAUGCGCCUGGAGAGUCAAUCAACAGGGAGAGGGGUGACAUGUGAAGUCACCAAAACGCAUGAUCUGGCCUCCCAACAACGUCAACGUGAAGACGUAAAGCAGAAGAUAUGACAGCAAAUCAGUAGAGGAGUUGAGGGUGCGUCAGCUGAUGCUGGCUAUGCCCGCGUACUUGCCUUGACGGAGGAUUUGGAGCAAGCUUAUGAUGGAAACGAGGGCGUCAGUGGAAGGAACGGUGCCAACAAACUGCUUAAGAAAGAUUGUUGCUGGGCCUGCAGCUGCCUCCAAGCGACUUGGUGCGCCAAGACACUUUUCAGGUCUGGCAGGUAUUGGAAAAGAGCAUUCUACACCUGCAGACCACACUAUGCAUAGUAGUGGUAGAGGUCUUGAAGCUUCCAG